GAAAGAAGAAGGCCACGUGAAGAUGGAGACAGAGACUGGAGUGACGUGUCUACAAGCCAAGGAACACCAAGGAUUGCUGGCAACCACCAGAAGCCAGGAGGGAGCCUUCAGAAGGAACCAAUCCUACUGACACCUUGAUUUUGUACUCCAGGCCUCCUGAACUGUGAGAGAAUCAAUUUCUGUGGUUUUAAGUCACCCAGUUUGGGGUAAUUUGUGAGCUAGGAAAAAUUACCUAGGUAAUUUGGCAUUCCUGGGAAAGUAAUACAACUGGGAACUUGUUAUAAUCAGAUUCUGAUUCAGUAGGGGCAGCCUACUGAUUCUGCAUUUCUAACAAGCUUUCAGGUGAGGCUGAUGCUUCUAGUCCAUGGAUGACACUCUGAGGAGAAAGGAGCAAGGUGAUUCUAUCUCAGAGAAAUGUAUGGGGAGAGAGUGCUGGCUUUAUAAGGUAGGUUAUGAUUAGGGGUUAAUUUGCUAACUUGGAAGGCGGUCAGUGGUAGAAAGAAUAGCUGCAUUUUUAAUACUCUGAAUAUUCAGCUGAACAUGAUCCACUGACAAAAUACAGGGUUUUAUUUAUUUUAUGUGUAAAAUACAAUUCUUGUAUUUAUGUUUAUUAUGUGAAAAUUAUCAUCUGUCAUAGUGCUGUUGGUUGGUGAUGCCUAUUUGUUUGUAAAGUAUUCUUCCUGUUUCUUGACAGUCACACCAGCUACAUGGAACUAGAAAACCAAACACAGAUUUCAGAAUUUAUUCUUCUUGGACUCUCAGAAGAGGAAGAACUCCAGCCUUUUCUUCUUGGCCUGUUCCUGUCUAUGUAAUAGGUCACCUUUACUGGGAACCUUCUCAUCAUCUUGAUCAUCAUUACUGGCUCCCACCUUCACACUCCCAUGUAUUUCUUCCUCUCCAACCUGUCCUUCAUAAAUGUAUGUUUCUUCUCCACCACUGUCCCAAAGAUGCUGCUGAACAUCCACACCCAUAACAAAGCCAUCACCUAUCAAGGCUGCCUAACUCAUAUGUAUUUUUUCACUCUUUUUGCAGAGUUGGAUGUUUUUCUCCUUUCUAUAAUGGCUUAUGACCGGUUUGUGGCCAUCUGUCACCCACUGCACUACACAGUCUUCAUGAAUCCCAGGCUCUGUGGCUUGCUGCUGCUGCUUUCCUGGAUAUUAAGUGUCUUGGAUUCUCUGCUACGCAAUUUACUGAUAUUGAGAUUGUCCUUCUGUACUAACUUGGAGAUUCCCCUCUUCUUCUGUGAAAUCAAUCAGGUUAUCCAACUUGCCUGUUCUCACACCCUCCUCAAUAUCAUAGAGAAGUAUUUUGCUACUGUGGUGAUGGGCAUUAUUCCCCUCGCUGGCAUCACAUUUUCUUAUUCUCAGAUUGUCUCUUCCAUACUGAGAAUUACAUCAGCAAGGGGGAAAUAUAAGGCAUUUUCCACUUGUGGGUCUCAUCUUUCAGUUGUUUCCUUGUUUUAUGGUACAGGUCUUGCGGUCUACCUCAGUUCUACCACUAUCCAAAAUUUCAGGGCCAGUGCAAUAGCCUCAGUGAUGUACACCAUAGUCACACCCAUGCUGAAUCCCUUUAUCUACAGCCUGAGGAACAAGGACAUAAAAAGGGUACUGAAAAGUCUUGUUGGGAUUGUCACUUUAAAUGAAUGA